UUGCAACAUACUUUACCCGUAUCCAUUGCAGUACUGUGCCGUCUGCAUUUCAGAGCAAUUCCUUCAAAGCAACUUAUGUAAGCCUGUGAAAUUGAAAACAAUUUGAAUGGGGACUUCUGAAAUGAGGAGAAGUCUGGUACUUUAAGCUACGUAUUCUUUUAGGGAUAAGUUUUGAAUCCAGACUUAAUUCUUAGGAGUGCUUGCUCAUAGUCGGAGAUACAAGCUAAGACAAAGUCUUGCAUGAAGAAAAGUACUGGAGAACUUGAAAGCUUGCAUACUUUUUAGACAUCUGAAAUUGUCAUAAUAAAGAAGCCAUGGUGAAAAAAGUAGCCAUUGUUGGAGCCGGUGUGAGUGGACUGACCUCCAUUAAGUGCUGCCUGGAAGAGGGACUAGAGCCAACCUGUUUUGAGCAAAGUGAUGACAUAGGGGGAUUGUGGCGAUUCACAGACUAUGUUGAAGAUGGAAGACCCAGCAUGUACAGGUCAAUGGUUAGUAACAGCUCUAAGGAGAUGUCUGCCUUCACAGAUUUUCCAUAUCCAGAAAACUUUCCAGCCUUUUUAUCGCAUCACCAACUCCUGGAAUACCUGAGGAUGUAUACAAAACAUUUUGAUCUCCAGAAAUACAUUCAAUUAAAGACAAAAGUGAUCAGCAUAAAGAAGUGUCCUGAUUUCUCUAAUACUGGCCAGUGGGAAGUUGUUAUAGAGGCCAAUGGAAAGCAGAGCUCAACCAUUUUUGAUGCUGUGAUGGUUUGUGUGGGCUACCUUACUGAGCCUUUAUUGCCACUCAAGAGUUACCCAGGCUUAGAAAAAUUUAAUGGUCAGUAUUUUCACAGCCGGAAAUACAAAACCCCAGAAGUAUUCAGAGAUAAAAAGGUACUUGUGAUUGGCAUGGGAAAUUCUGGAGUUGAUAUUGCUGUAGAAGCCACUCAAACAGCAAAAAAGGUGAUGAUCAGCACAGAAAGAGGUUCUUGGGUUAUAAGCCGUGUUUUUGACAAUGGCUACCCCUGGGACAUGGUGUUUCAAAGUCGUUUUUUGAAUAUUAUCCGAAAUAGCCUUCCUGGGUGUAUCACAGUAUGGAUGAUUGCAAACAGAGUGAGCCAGUGGUUUAACCAUGCAAACUAUGGCUUAAUUCCCAAGGACAGACGUGUGAUGAGAGAGCCUGUAUUAAAUGAUCUACUUCCUUCAUGCAUUAUCACUGGAAAGAUCUCUAUUAUGCCUGCAGUGAAAGAGUUCAAAGAGAAUGCUGUUGUAUUUGUAAAUGUUCCCACUGCAGAAGAAGUAGAUACUGUUGUCUUUGCCACUGGAUACAAAGCUUCUUUUCCCUUCAUUGAUGAAUCAAUCCUGAAGGUUGAAAACCGUCAUGCUUCCUUGUACAAAUACAUCUUCCUUCCUCAACUAGAGAAACCAACACUAGCCAUUAUAGGCUUCAUCAGGCCAUUUGGUGCAAUCAUGCCAGUUGUGGAAAUCCAAGCACGCUGGGUCACACGUGUCUUUAAUGGUUUGUGUAAAUUGCCUCCAGCCAAAACCAUGAUGGAAGAAAUCAAUGAAAAGAAAAAUAACAAAGUUAACAGGUUUGGCUUGUCCUUUGAUGAAGUCUUGAAAACAGAUUGCCUUGUGUACUGUGAUGAACUUGGUUCCCUCAUUGGUAUAAAGCCUAGUGUGCCAGCUCUACUUCUCAAAGAUCCCAUACUAGCAAUGAAGAUUUUCUUUGGCCCCUGCUCUCCUUACCAGUAUCGUCUGACUGGACCAGGAAAGUGGGAUGGGGCCAGAAAUACCAUCCUGAACCAGUGGGAACGAGUCCUGAAGCCCACAAGAACCCGGGUUGUGGAAGAUUCCUCGAACUGUUUCUCUUGCCUAUUGAAAGGGCUUGCUGUAUUUGUUAUCUUGGUUGGAAUUUACCUUAGUUUCAAUUAGUUUUUGCAGACCACUUUGGGACAGCCAAGGUGCAAUUUUCUCUUUUUAAAAAGGACGUGCUGCUCCACAUACCACUUCUCUAAAUGUUAUUGCAAAAUAUUAACUUUGAAUUUAGUACUUGACCAGAUAGCAGAUAGUAAUCAUAUUCAUUGUGUUUGAUUUUAGUUAAAAGUAGAUGUAAUGUUAACUUCACCCAGUUAACUAUUUUUUUGAAGGGCAGCCUUGAUAUGCCACCCAAAAGCCAUCAUCUAGUCUUCAGCUUUAGCCAUGACGUUUUCUUGAGAUUGUUAUAGUCAUUCAGGUAAUAUAAAACUCCUGCUAGAAUAUAUAAAAGCUUCAACUAAUUGAUCAUUCUGUGGCCAGAAAAGUAGGACAUGAUUAAAGUUCCUGUU